UAUAUAAGCACUUCUUUCCCCCAGAGAGCAUUAUCAUCGCUACAGCAGUGCCCUCUUGGAUUAAACACAAAAACGUGAAACAAUGUACGGAGUUAUUACCGGGGGUACUAGGGGUUUGGGGUUCAAUGUAGCCGAGGAAAUGGCUAAAGAGGGCUAUUCUGGGCUAAUUUUGACCUUCAAUUCCAAUGUAGAGGCCGCGAACAAGGCCAAACAAGAGCUCGAAUCAAAAUAUGACGUGAAAGUUUUCCUUCUAAAGGGUGAUAUUGGCGAGGAAUCAACCGUUGAUGAGAUUUUUCAUUGCGUCGAGCAAAACUUUGGGAAUAAAUUAAACGCAUUUGUGCAUAACGCCGGGGCUGCCGUAGGUAUUACAUCAGGUGCGGAAACCGACAACGCGAAGAAAGCGGCGGAAAGUUACUCGCUUAACAUCGGAUCUGGCGAUUUCAGGAACUUUUCUACAUACGAUUAUUUCCAGAAUAUUUACCCGAAAUGCUUCAUCCGCUGCGUGGAGCGGGCCGUUAAAAUUAUGGAGGACGGGAUGGGGUAUAUUGUAGCCGUGUCUACAUACGGGUCAAAUGUUCUACAGACUCCUAAGCCCGGCUACGCGAUUACCGCGCAAGCUAAAGGUUGCAUGGAACUGCUGGUGAGAUACUAUGCACAAGUCUUGGCUCCGCGCGGAAUUACUGUCAAUGCUGUUAUCCCUGGCUACAUAAUGUCUGACGCAUGGCACAAUAUGACUAGAGCCAUGGGUGGAGUCUCUGCCGAACCUGUCCAGAAGCGCAUUCAGUCCACACCCAUGAGGCGCUUUGGUGAGGGUCGAGAGUUCAGUCAGGUGGUCUCAUUCCUCUGCUCACCAAGAGCAAGCUUCAUCACUGGUGUUGCGCUCCCUGUGGAUGGCGGGCUGCAUCUCCAGUAGGACCUGGGGCCAAGUCAAACACAAGACAUUAGCUUUAGUCUGAUCAAUGGAAAAAAUUUUUACUGUCGAAUCUGUUGUAUCACAACACCGCAUUUUCAAAACAUGGAUUUAAUUUUGUCUUUUGGGAUUUUCUGUUCAACCGGUCAAAUUAUUCUAAGCCAAUCAGAUUCUUGCCAUCUCUUGCCUAGUGCAGUUGCCUGACUUUCUGUUGGGACACUGUCUGGUUUUUAUUCAGAGUAUAGCCAGGAAAGUGCACAAAGCUGACGGAGCAGAAAACCACUAACUUUCAGUUAGGGAAAGGUGAUAAUCAAAUAAUAAUCAAUAAGUGUAGGUGCAGUACAUGGGGAGUGGUGAUAAAAUUGCCUGUCAUGGUAAAAGUUUAUAUGCAGAAAGUCAAUAGAUAUCAAUGUAAAUUAGGUUUCAUUGCAUGUAACUUUAAUAAACUAUCAUAAAAUGA